AUGAAAUCCAUCUUUCAUCGUGCCUGCUGUAGGAGCAGUGGUACGAACAGCAUCAAGUUGCUUUCAAGGAACUCGGAUGUAUUUAAGAAUGCUUCUUCUCAUAACAUUUUCACUAAUUUGAAAUUCCAUCAAAAUCAUCAUCAUAAGGAUUCCUUUUUUUCCAUCUCUCUCCGAAAUAAUCAUGUAGCAAGUCCUAACACAUCAACAAAUAUUAUACAUACAACAGCAACAACUUGUAGCAUUGAUCCCAAAGAAGUCAACAAAUUCUCACUUCUUGCCAGAAUGAAUGAAUGGUGGAAUCCCAAUGGUUCUCUCAAAACUCUUCAUCAUAUCAAUCCAGCCCGAAUGGAAUACAUUCGAUCACGAGUCAUCAAACAUUUCAAUUUGCAAGAAGAGGACAGUAAGCCUUUUAAAGGUCUCACGUUUUUAGAUGUUGGAUGUGGUGGUGGAUUGGUGAGCGAAUGUUUGGCUCGAUUAGGAGCAACCUCAGUGAUUGGAUUGGAUGCAUCUAGUGAUAAUAUUAUGAUUGCUAAAGAACAUGGCAAGUCCAUUGAGAAUUUACAGUAUCUUCAUUCGACGGUUGAAGGUUUGAUUUAUUCUCACCAAGGCAACCACAAGGAUACGAUUCCCGCCCAAAAUCAGUCCAUGACUCAUUCGUUUGAUUGCAUUGUAUGUCUCGAGGUGAUUGAACAUGUGGCUCAUGCUGAAUCUUUCAUACAAUCUCUUUCUAAAUUGUUGAAUGAAAAUGGAUUAUUAAUUAUGAGUACCAUGAAUAGAACUCCAAAAUCCUAUCUUCAGACGAUUGUCAUGGCAGAAUAUAUGUUAGGAAUUAUUCCACGUGGUACUCAUGAAUGGAGAAAAUAUGUGACACCUCAAGAAAUGUGUAUAUUUAUGAAGAAGGCAAAUAUUGAGCUCGUGGACGUGGAGGGAAUGGAAUACAAUCCAUGGACUCAUAAAACUACCAUUGGAAGUGAAAUAGAUAUAGAUGUGAACUACUUUGCAGUAGGAUGUAAAAAGAGUGUCUAG